CUCACGUGGAGCCCGGACAAAAGAAGAUAAAGAAGAACGAAGGCGGUUGAAGACCAGUAGCACCACAAGUGAAGACCAAACAAGCAGCGCACCGAACCUAGCACCCAAGAACUGGCGAAACGAUGUGCCUCUGCGAGACUUCUUUCGAGGUCACCUUGCUGUCCGUCUUUUGCCUCCUAAUGAACGUGAUGACCUUUACCCUUGGACUCAACGUAGCCAAUGAACUACAACACAUUUCUGCCAUCACCAUGCUAUAUUUAUACGUGAUUGGAGCAUCUGCGGUGCUCUCCGUGGUCCUAAUCAUCGGCACCAUGAGUGGCAGCAAGAAGUUUGUGAACUUAUUCGUACUGGGUGCGAUGCUACGAGUAGUGUACUUUUGCAUCCAGCUGGGUUACUUCACUUUUGAGUAUUACACUGUCGACACAAAGAAAUUUGACUAUGACGACAACAUGAUCCACAUCUACGCUCUGCGGUUUCUUCAACGCUGGCUUGGUGAAAGACCACCCAAUGCCGAGGAAAAGGCCGAGUUCCUACGGGUGGUUCUGCGCUGUUUGAUCACAGCCACAGUUGUUUCUAUCGUGGGCGACUCAUUCGUCAUCUACCGAAUACGAGUCUUCUUCGACAGGAUGGCCGACAGGACGGCUGACAGGAUGUGGAAAGCUGAAGAGUGGUGACGGCUGUCCAAGAACAAGGGUGCAAGAUUGCCUGUGGCUGAUGGCGACGGGUUGCGCCGUGGAAUUUAGCAGUUAGCACUGCUGAUGAAAUUGUCU